AUGGAGCAAUUUGAACUUUUAGAUGAGCACGUGUCAAACCUCAUCCUCCGCUUUGGCUUCCUGGAUGUCGAGGAUUUACCAUUCGCCACUGCGGAGGAGGUCGAGAAUGCAGCGGCGCUGGCGCUACAGAUGGCGGCGCCUGAAGAGCUCAUCGAAAUCGCAGUCCGACAAAGCGCCCAUCGACAUCCACACCCGAACCCACCAAGGGCAACAGCAGCAGCACCGGCUCGACCUGCACCUCGUCAACCUCCGCCACCUCCAGAGCCUGAGCCAGAAGACCCCAACCCCGGCGCCUACAUUGACUGGCAGGAGCGCAACCGCAUUCUCGCAGACAGCCCCGUAGAGCCUGACGACGGAGCCGAAGAAGGCGGGGAGGACUGCAUCAUUUGCUCCGGCGGCCGUGAGCCCAAGUUGCAGCUCCCAUGCGGAUGCUGGUUUUGCGCGCCCUGUCUUAGGGGUUGUAUCCGAGCUGGUUUGAGGCAGGGCGGGUGGCCCCCCAAGUGCUGCGAGCCAUUGCAGAACGAUGCCAUCAGGUGGGUUAGGAGACCUGGCUUGCUGAGGUUGUAUAGGCAGGUCAGGGAGGAACAGGAAACACCUGGAGAUCAGAGAGUGUACUGCUCCCGGCCCGGGUGUGCGGCGUUCAUACCCGCAGCUGGACCGCAUGUCACGGCUGACCUCAUGAGAUGCCGCGCUUGCGGCGAGGGGACGUGUCGGAUGUGCCGAGCCGCCAUACACCCCGGUCGACCAUGCCGGGAAGAGGAGGAGGACGAGAUGUUGAUGGACAUAAUGGACCGAGACAAUCUCGCGAGUUGCCCUACAUGCAGGAGGAUUGUCGAGUUGUGGGAUGGGUGCAAUCACAUCACUGCGGCCAUCAAUGGUGUUUCCUCUGCGGAGGGGACUGGAGGGGUGGGUGCCCACGGGGCUGUCCACAGUAUGGAGGACGUGAACGUCGUGUCCCUAUGCGUCAACGCGUGUUUCGAUACCAGCAAGGCCGGGGAGCGAUGGAUCACCACCCACGCAUUCGACCGCAGGGAGGACUCCCCGACGCUCUCCCGCCGCCGGCAGAGCCUCGAAACUUGCUUGAGCUUCAACGGCAAGUCAUCGCGGAGCAACCGCCAUUACCUCCAGCAUUACAAGCCCGCGUUGUGCCACGACCCAUGCCUCAAGGUGAGUCAAGAGGCCUUUCCGCUUGCUUGCGAGAAGGUUGCGAGAAGGAUAAAAGGAAGUUUCCAGGGAAUGCUGAUAGUGAGAGCAGUGCUGCCUUUCGUAGCCGUCGUUGAGGACGAUUUCGAAGGACAUCCCGCCAACUUCGACCCGGAUUUUGGGGGUGCUCUACCACUGAUUGACGUGGGAGACGGUCCGGAACCGGACCACAUUGAUCCAGAACCGAUCAUGGUGAACGCAAAUGGGCAGGCACGGGGCCAGCAACGCUACUACAUCAUGAUGUUCUACGCCGACGGAAACAACACAGAGGUCGGAGACCCAAACUGGAGACGAGAUAGCGCCGAGAACAUGCGCCGGAUCCGCGAGGGCGACGAGACGGAAGGCAGAGUAUGGCCGCAGUACGCCAUAGAACGAGAGGAAGGGCGUUGCAACCACCAGACUCAUGGUCAAUGGGAGUUUCAGCCACGAGAAGAGCCGCCGUGUUUCUACUGCAGGAUCAGGGACGGCAGACAGCUUUGGCACUGUCGCAGCUGUGGCGUGACGGCGUGCGACUGGCACCGGUUCCUACGGUUUGGACUGACUUGGCAGCAGGCGAACAGGACCGUGAAUAAUCUGAGGAACAGGGUGACGGUUGACAAAUUGAGGCGUGGGACUUGUUUUUGGAGGGUGUCAGGCCCCGGCAACGUCGAAGGGGUCAGAGGGCUCAAAGGGCUGAGAGGGCUCCAAGGGCCGACAGGGCUCCAAGGGCUCCAAGGGCUCCAAGGGCUCCGAGGCCCAGGAGAGUCAGGGAACGACUUUGCACGAUUCCGUGCCUGGUGA